CAGACCAAAACAUUAAAUAAUCUUACCCUUUUCUCAAAAAUUCUCUCUUUUGAUCCUAUCUUCUCCUUUUUUUCACUUUGAGGUUUGUCUGUCUCUUCUAUGAUGAGUCUAAAAGUCUUACUAUCCGUUCAUUAGUUUUCCCUCUCUGUGUUUCUUCUUCUUUAGCCUGAAGAAUUUAAACAAGGGUUUUCCGUUUUUUGUUAGCGUGGUGAGCAAAAUGGGAAGAACCCCUUGCUGUGACAAGAAAGGCCUGAAGAAAGGUCCAUGGACUCCUGAAGAAGAUGAGAUUUUGGUUGAAUAUAUAAAGAAAAACGGCCAUGGAAGCUGGAGAACACUUCCAAAGAACGCUGGUUUACUUCGCUGUGGAAAAAGUUGUAGACUAAGAUGGACAAAUUAUCUAAGACCAGACAUAAAGCGAGGUCCUUUCACUCCUGAGGAAGAGAAACUCGUUGUCCAACUUCACGCCAUUCUAGGCAACAGGUGGGCUGCUAUUGCUGCUCAGCUUCCAGGGAGAACAGACAACGAGAUCAAGAACUUGUGGAACACUCACUUGAAGAAACGCCUUUUAAGUAUGGGUCUUGAUCCCAAAACCCAUGAGCCAUUACCUUCUCAUGGGUUUGCCAAACAAGCUCCAGCUUCACCAACAACUCGCCACAUGGCUCAAUGGGAAAGUGCUAGGCUUGAAGCUGAAGCAAGGCUUUCUAGAGAGUCAAUGCUCUUUACUCCUUCUGGUGGAGGAGGAGCAAAAGCUGAAUGUGAUCACUUCUUACGCAUUUGGAACUCUGAGAUUGGUGAAUCUUUCAGAAACCUUGCUCCAUUUGAUGACUCGACUACUAGUCAAAGCCCUUGUUCUCGGACAACAUCUUCCUUAUCUGCACUUCUAAAGAGCUCAGAACAUUCUUGUAGUGGUAAAGAGAUUGUUAUGGAGUUUCAUGGUUCUGACUCUUCUCCAUGUUCGAAUAAUCUGGAAGAUAAUUCAUCAGACUCUGCUCUUCAACUUCUGCUUGAUUUCCCAAUAAGUGAUGAUGAUAUGAGCUUCUUGGAAGAGAACAUUGGCAGCUACACAGAGUCUCAUGUUGGUGUUGUGUCCAUGGUUUCUAAAUUCUGAUCUUAUGGACAACGUAUUCAAGAAAAAUAUUCAAACUUUGGGUUUAAUUUUGGUCAUGUAUUCUGGUUUGAAGUGAUCAGAAGUAGAAAUAGUAUCUAUGUAAAUCAGCAUU